AGAUAAAAUUUUAUUUACGAAUUUUGUAAAAAUAGAUUUCUACAGUAUAAGUAAUGAUUUAUUUAUCAAGAAUCAAAUAACUUUCUUUUUCUAUAUCUCAAACUCAUAAACUUCAAUCAAAUAAAAAAUAGUUACAUCGUCGAGUAGAAUUCAACAAUUUUUAUAUAACUAAAAGAUAUUAUCCUAAUCCAAUUUGCACGAUAUAAUUUUUCGAUAAAAAUAUUAAUUUAACUCCCUCCCUCCACCCCUACUCUACCACUUUGUCUAAACCCCCCACCCUACCCAAAUAUAAAAUACACACACCCCCAAAAAAAACUAUAUAUUAUGAAUAGCAUAGUGAAUCCCUUAUAAGAGUUAUUAUAAACCAAAAAAAAAAAAACUUAGAGAGAAAAAAAAAACCAUGAAAUGCAAAAAAAAGUCCAAAGUAUUUCUAAUUCCAUAUCCAGCACAAGGUCAUGUAACACCAAUGCUUAAAUUAGCUUCAUUGCUAGUUAAUCAUGGCAUUAAUCCAAUAGUUAUAAUUCCAAAUUUCAUAAAAAUUGACUCUAAAGAUGUGAAUAUUUCCAUCAUGUCUAUUUCAGAUGGACUAGAUCAAGAUGGACUAACAACUUCUUCAGGUCGCGAUUUUUUCGCGAUAGAAAAGUCUAUGGAAAAUUACAUGCCAUGUCAGCUCGAAAAUAUAAUUCGAGAUCAACAAGAAGAUGGAAUUGUGUGUUUGAUUGUUGAUUUGCUUGCUUCAUGGGCUAUUGAAAUUGCUAAUAAGUGUGGUGUUCAUGUUGCUGGAUUUUGGCCAGCCAUGCUAGCUACUUAUAAAUUGAUUAAUUCAAUUCCAGAAAUGUUACAUGAUGGAAUCAUCUCUGAAACAGGUAGUCCAUUACACAAUGAUCCAAUAUGCAACUUAUUUGGUCAACCUACAAUUAGACCACAAGAUUUACCAUGGCUUAUUGGAAAUCAAAGUGCAAGAAUUUCAAGAUUCAAGUUUUGGACAAGAACAAUGGAGAGAACAAAAACCCUAAAGUGGUUAUUAAUAAACACUUUUCAAGAAGAAUGUCACAAUAAUAAAGACCAAAAUACAACAAAUUUUAGCACACAAAUACUCCCAAUUGGGCCUUUGAACACUCAUGUAACAAUCAAGAGUUCAAGUUUUUGGGAGGAGGAUUUAAGUUGCAUGAAUUGGCUAGAUAAACAAGUUGUUCAUUCAGUAUUGUAUAUCUCUUUUGGGAGUUGGGUGAGUCCAAUUGGUGAAGCAAAAGUGAAUAGUUUGGCAUUGGCACUUGAAGCAACAAAAAGGCCUUUCAUUUGGGUGUUAGGCCCAUUAUGGAGACAAGGUUUACAAAAGGGCUAUUUGGAGAGGAUUUCAAAGCAAGGGAAAAUUGUGUCAUGGGCACCACAAAUGGAUGUGCUACAACAUGAAGGCGUAGGGUGUUAUCUGACGCACUGUGGAUGGAACUCGACGAUGGAAGCUAUACAGUCUAAGAAACGACUGAUGUGUUACCCGAUCGCGGGUGAUCAGUUUGUAAACUGCUUUUAUAUUGUUAAGAAAUGGCGAAUCGGAGUCAGGAUUGACGGUUUUGGAGUGAAAGAUUUGGAAGAAGGAUUGAGAAAGGUCAUGGAGGAUGAUGGAAUGAGUGAGAGAAUUGAUAGGCUAAAUGAGAUGACAAUGGGGAAAGUGGCUAGUUGUAAAGCUAUGGAUAACUUGACAACAUUCCUUUCUAGUGUUAGGAUGUGAAAAUUUUAUACCAAAACAAUGUAAUAUAUGCUUCAUAUAUACAUGAUUGAUACACAUUUACAAUGUUUGAAAAAGUAUUAUAUCACAAGAGUCUAUUAUAUAUACAAUAUUACCUUGUAUUUUUUGCAAGAAAUUAUUUUCAAAUAUCAAACUCGUAACCUUUUGAACAUAUAACAAUGACUUUACCAAUUAUGUUAUGACUUCCCUUCAUUUCAUUGAACAUUGAACACAAACAAAUAAAAUAAUCAAAUUGGAUAUAGUAAAAAAAAACUCAUGUUGGAAGCGCAAUCGACCCUAUAAAUAAGCCCUCUCGAUAAUACAUAAAUUUCAAUUAGCCAAGCUCCAUAUUAAGAAAUUUUUUUUUAAAAAUGAACAAAGUCAACUAGCUAACAUAUAUUAAUUUACUCCCUCAUCUAUAUGCAAUUAACAUUAUUUAAUUU